CGCAGCAUCGCAGAUUUAUUGGCAUUCUUAAAGCGUAGCGACAAAGUGAGGACGCAAACAUGAGCGAUCUAUGCACUGGUCGCAUUUGUACAUUUCUGGAUAUACGUGUAUGUUUCUUUUACCAGACAUCUACGGUAUGAGUUCGAUGAACUGCCUACAGAUUGCAUGCUGAAGGCGAAGCUGGGGACGAAAAUGGUGGCGACUUAAGUGCGCGUUAAAUCUGACUGUGAAGUUUGCGGAUCACUUUAAUGUGACUGUGAGUGCAGACAAGUUGAUGGGAUUUUAAAAUUUUGGCCAACUUCAAGGAAGAUAUGAGUGUUCUUAUCCCUGCUCUCAGUUCUCUCCUGCUCCUGUUCUGCUGCUACAUCUGCCUUAGCGAUGCAAACCGGCCUGCUGCUCCUGUCAAUGUCUCUGUCACUCACCUGAGAGCAAACUCAGCCACUGUAUCCUGGAAUGUCCCGGAAGGGGAGGCUGUAAUUGGCUACGCCAUCUCCCAGCAGAGACAGGAUGGUCUCAUGCAGCGGUUCAUCAGGGAAAUUAACACCACCAGUCGUGCUUGUGUGCUAUGGGACUUAGAUGAGAACACAGACUAUAUUAUUCAGGUGCAGUCUAUCGGACUGCAUGGGGAGAGCCAAACCAGCAAGAGGGUUCAUUUUCGAACCCUUGAAAAAUCAGACCAUUUCCAGUCUAACAUGGUAGCUCAAGGUGACCCCUCAGUAGAAGGUCUUGACAUUUCCAGGCACCUUCAGACCGGCGAGAUGUUAAUCGUUACGACUGUGCUCCUAAUGUGGGCAGCGGUGAUUGCACUCUUCUGUAGGCAGUACGAGAUCAUCAAAGACAAUGACUCAAACAACCACAGUAAGGAGAAGACCAAACCCCUCUCUGUGCACAGUACUCCUGAUUACCAUAAUGGAGGGCUUCUAGGGAACAAGAGGACGCCAUCAGCAGUUAGCAUCAUUAAGGUCUGACCAGCACAUCAAUGCAGAAAACUGGUUGAUCGGCACCUAGAGGGAUCCUCUAACUCAUCAUUCAAUAGUAAUAAAAUUCAGCUUUGUGUAUUACGUUGUAUUUCUGUACUACGUUACAGUAUGAAAUAACUGGUAGACAAUGUAAAUGUAGGGGCAUAGCAAUAGAAGAUGAUUGAUACAAAUUAAAGAUCAGAUAGAGAUUGUUUAAUCAAAGAUGGGACUAAAUUGCAUUAUUAUUAACAAAGUUUAUCUAAAUCAGUGACCUCGGCAUAACAUAAUCAGUGGUAUGUCUUAUAUUAAUAUCAGAUACUGAAAUCUGUUCAUAAUGAACAAAUAUAAAAUGUCUUUACUUCUGCUACCUAACCACUAUGCAUCUGAAAGUAUGAAACCUACAGACAAUAGUUUGUUAACCUUAAUACCACAAAAAAUUAACUUAUUUCCAUAGCAUCCUAAAUAUGACAUAAAAUAUGAUACAAUUUUAUUUCAUUUCAGUACUUAAAAGGAAUUUUUCUUACAUAGUGUCGACUACUACUUGAAGUAUGACACAUUUAUAAAUCAGCUGCUACUGCAAUCACCAGCUUUACAGACACAACUUGAUCUCAUUCUUGUAGAUAACCUUGAAGUUCUUGAAGAAAUUCUGGACUAGAAAUAAAUCUAGAAAGCCCACACCUAAAUGUUUAGCUGCAGUGAAAAAUUUUAUUUCCGUUUCUUCUAGGUGUGUUAGACCUACAUUAUAUCACACCAUUUAUAAUGAACUGGAAAGUUGCAUAUAAUAUAAUGGUUAAUACAAUGAGUUAAAUAUACAUGUAGACAGCACAUUAGAGAUAUUGUUUUGACUGUAUAUGAUUUGUCAGUUAUAAAAUAAUAUGAUAUGUGGCAUUUUGAGAAUUAUAUUGAUAGAGGAAUAUAGUAGAAUCACGUCAGAAGUCAGGUUCCAUUCAUUUUCCCUAUAAAAAACUGCUUUAUAAAACAUAAGUUUAUCAGCUGUUGCCAUAAAUUUUGUUGCAAUUUACCACACUUUCUUUUUAUAUCUACAUAGAAGCUGUUAGAACUGCAAAUGUGUGACAUUUGGAUUACAUGCAAAUAAACCUACUAACUCUGAACUCUGCUUGCUUGUUUGGCUAUACUGAAUAAAAUACAGACGUCCUA